CAGGCCUCGGCGUUGCCAAACAGCACGCCCGAGCGCCCAACCAGUCCAGCACGCGUAGCCCGCGUGCCAGUCGUCUACCCACGGUGCCAGCAGCGCCCGAUAGUGCAUGUGCGCGCCAGUACCGUUGCCGGCGUGCACGGUAGUGGCCAGUCAAGCCCAGCAAGCGUCCAGUUGUCACUGGUCGUGCAAAGCAGCACGCCAGCGACCGUCCCAGCGCACGCACG